CUGUGGUAAAAUUAAAUUUGUGAGCAUAUUCAAACCAUCAUCACCCAGAAAAGCAACAAUUGCACACGUCGUAUAAAACACAAACAAACACGACGUUGUUGUACUAAUUUUUUUUGCAGGAACAGGCGCGUGUCAAGAGAACACGUCCCAUGGAUAUUCCCGUUAAGUGAAAAUGCAUUCAAAUCCGUAAGAAAACCGCAUUUUUUCCCCUUGUUACUCUGUGAAUCAACAUACUCAGAGAUGAGAUGAAGAGAACCGAUGCAAGCAAUCCAUCUUCGCCGUGGUGCCCCCUAGGGCGCUGGGAUGAGGAAAAGACACAAAGCCGCCUUUUGUUCGCGCAUUCACUGUGUGCGUCGUGUCAUUUGCAUCUCAAGCUAUGACGCGCCGUUGGAUCUGAGGGGAGGAUGAUCUACACCUCUCGGGAUGCUCCACAUCUACUGGGUGGGGUGGGGGGUGAGACGGAUCAGCUUCUGAGAAGGUCGAUCGCAUUUUAAGCAGCCGUGCCCCCGGUGGUGCGUUUUCAAUCACCGCCAACGGCGCACUCGUUACCCGUCGAUCACGCACCGAGAUGCUAGCUGGAUGUUCCAUGUUGAGCUAUGAGCACCGCACCCGCGGUGGCUUUCCCUUUGCACAGGUGCGUUACCUGUAGGUCGCGCGCACGGGGUGGGGGGGCGCUCUCGGACCCCACGCCGGGGUGGUUUAAAGCGCCUUUCGAGGCGUUCGGCUGCGGGACGAAGUUCGACUUGGAUGGAGUGGGGGGAAAGCCUCCGAAAGGCCAGGGAAGGAGAAAGAGAAGGAGAAGAGGAGACGGACACGGACACCCCCCUCCCCUGCUCCGUGCACGCGCCUCAUGGGAGCCGCGCGACCACCUCGGUUUAGUGCCGCAAUCCAGAGCCGAUCUGUCAUCGGAACCGGGUCUUUAGCGAUCAACGCGAGUUUCUGACCGCCAAGGGGAACCUGACAUUGAGCGCCGCUCCCGAUGCGCGUUUGUUUCGUUGCGUGUCGCCGCUCUGCGAACGGGGUUCCUUUGUAGCGGAGACAACAAAAGAGCGUCUCGAAGCUCCAGAUCGCGCCCUCUUCGCCACCACUCACUCAGUCUCAACACGAUGGCUGUGGUCGGACGGGACGCCGAGGAGCCCCACCGGCCCGAGAACGGCUUCGUGUCGUCCGAAGCGACGGCGCUACCGAGGCUGCUGCCCCUCGUCGACGGCUCUGUGCUGCCCUUCCUCGGCGGGUUCGGCAGGUACCAGAAGCAGCUCAUCGCGCUCACAUGGGUCCCGGCUCUCUUCAUCGGCUUCAGCCAGUUCUCCGAUUAUUUCCUCCUGGCUCAGCCCGGGAACGCCUGUCUGCACACGGCUGCGAGCAGCUCCAACUGGACCAGCUCUUUCUCCCUUAAUGUGACCAACACCAGCAGCACGCCGGUUCCGAUCGGACACAGCGAGCCGCCGGGCGCCCUGAACGGCACCGGUAGCGGACAGUCACAGUGUCCCUGUACGCGCGGCCCUCUGGAGCUGCACUCGGGUCUCUCUGAAAACGUGGUCACCAAGUGGAAACUGGUAUGCGAUUCUGCAUGGAAAGUCCACAUUGCAAAGUUUUCUCUAUUGGUCGGUUCCAUUUUUGGAUACUUGGUGAUGGGCAUCCUUGCUGACUGGCUUGGACGUCACCCCGUCCUCAUCAUCUCCCUCCUGUUCAUGCUGGUCUUCGGGUUGACAGUGGCCUUCUCCAUCAAUGUGACCAUGUUCAGCACUCUCCGCUUUUUUGAGGGCUUCUGCAUGGCUGGAAUCACACUUUCCUUGUAUGUAAUGAGGAUUGAGCUGUGUCUGCCAGACCGGCGCUUCUCAAUGACCAUGGUGGCCAGCUUUGUUGCCCUGGGUGGGCAGCUGCUCAUGCCGGGCCUUGCCACACUGUGUCGUGAUUGGCAGGUCCUACAGGUCGUCAUCAUUUGCCCCUUUGUCCUCAUGCUGUCCUACAUCUGGGUCUUCCCAGAGUCCCUGCGGUGGCUCCUGUCCACGCAACAGUACCACAGAUCCAAAGUCCAGAUUUACCACAUUGCAGAGAAAAACAAGGUGGACACAGCUCUGGACUCCAAUGGCAUCCUUUCAGAGUUAGAACGGGAACUUCAGAAGACACCCAAAAGGACAUGCAUCAUCAAGAUGGUUGGGACCAGGAAUAUGUGGAAGAACAUGGUGGUGCUGUGUGUGAACUCACUGACAGGAUACGGCAUCCACCACUGCUUUGCUCGCAGCAUGAUGGACCCCGAGGGCAAUGAGACCACCAUGUUCCACAACUUCUACGCGGACUAUUAUACCAUGGCUGGCAUCGCUGUGGCAUCCUGCGUGGCGCUAUGCCCGGCCGUGGGCAUCAUGGGCCGCAGGGGCGGGCUGCUGAUGUUCAUGAUUAUCACUGCCCUGGCAUCACUACUGCAGCUGGGCCUGCUCAACUUAAUUGGCAAGUACAGUCUUCGCCAUGAUAUAGUUCUGAGGGACACACUGAACAAGAAGUUCUCCGUGGCCUUUUCCGUCAUAGGCAUGUUCUCCUCUCAUGCCGUAAGCAGCUUGAGCAUCUUCUUCUGCGCAGAAAUCACCCCCACCGUUAUCAGGGGCGGUGGGCUCGGCCUGGUGCUGGCUAGCGCAGGCUUUGGGAUGCUGACUGCCCCCAUCAUGGAACUGCACAACCAGAAGGGCUACUUCCUGCACCACGUCAUCUUCGCCUGCUGCACCCUCAUAUGCAUCAUCUGCAUCCUGCUGCUGCCAGAGGCCCGCGGGCAGCCGCUGCCCGAGUCGCUGGCCGACGGCGAGAGCUACACCCGCCAGCCCCUGCUGCCACCCAAGCGGCCCGGAGAGCAGCACCUGCUGCUGACCCGGUCUGAGACCAGGGACUACUCGCGCGUCCACGACACGCCCGUGCACCAGGUGGCUGCAGCUGCCAUCGCCGCCUCCGUCCCAGUCUCCAACUCGGAGGUGGGCAUCUCGGACGGCAGCAGCGUCGCCGCCAACGGGGUGAAAUCAUCAUGAGCGCACACUUGCUCUGGCCUCCCACGGGAGCUCAGUGGCCUGCAGCCCCCCAUAUCCCGAGGGUGAGCUUUUGUGCAUGGCCUGGAUUUAAUAGCUCCCAGUGGCUGUUGACUGACGGGGGAGAUUGUGUCCCGACUCGAGGCGACUACGGACAUGGCAAGCACAAAUACAUACUGAAGGAAAAUAAGCAAUGGUUUGUUUUUUUUUUUUUUUUUUCCUCCCCUCUCCUCACUCCUGUAAUGUGAAGCACCUUCUGCCCCCCCGCCCCAUGUAUUGUCAUACAUGUGCUUAAUACCGAAUGUUCCCCAAAAGCUGUCGGAUUGGAUUCCAGCACACAUUGCUUUGUAUAGAAGCUUCACUGAAGGAAUAAUGACUGUCUCACACGUUUUGAUCAAAUAUAAAUUGCACAAAGAACAAUAUGACCUUCAGAAUCCAGCUGAGUUUUUAUACGCUCCAGAGGGUGGUUAUAAUUCACAAUUCACCUUCUGCAUAGUUUUAUGACUCGUUUUUUAAAUGCCAGCGAAUUUCAACGUGUGACUAUUGACCUCUGUUAGUAUUUCAGUUCUUCAUUAUGUGUAACAAAAGGUGUGGAAAAUGAAGAAAGAAGACUUCUGGUAAUGGACUGUGGUAAAUGUGCAAUGCUUGAAAAAAAAAA